CUUUACGUCAUAUAGUAAAGAUGGCGACUUACUGAAGCGCUCCAUGCUCUAUUGUUGAUAUAUUCGAUAUGUUCUUAUUUUACUAGAUAAACUCAAACCGGAAUCGCAAAAGAUGUCAAGGUUAAUAGUGAAGAAUCUCCCAAAUGGGAUGAAGGAAGAACGUUUCCGCAAGAUGUUUGCGGAUUUUGGGACACUAACAGACUGUACAUUGAAAUUCACCAAAGAUGGUAAAUUUCGAAAAUUUGGAUUUGUGGGCUUCAAGACAGAGGAGGAUGCGAAUAAGGCUAUGAAACAUUUCAACAAGAGCUUUGUGGACACGUCUAAAGUUACUGUGGAAUUCUGCACAGAUAUCAGUGACCCAAACAAAGCCAGACCUUGGAGCAAACACACACGUCAGCCGUCGUCAACGAAAGUGACCGAAGAACAAAAAUCAUGUGAACAAGCAGAAAAACAUGAAAAGAAGCAAAAGAAGCCUUUGAAUGUUCUUGGAGAUCUUGAAAAAGACCAGAGCUUCCAGGAGUUUCUCGCUGUGCACCAGAAACGAACACAGGUGCCCACUUGGGCCAAUGACACCGUAGAAGCGACUUCUGUUGGAGGUGAAAAGAAGAAGAAGAAGAAGGAGGAGGAGGAGGAGAAAAAGAAGAAGAAGCAGAAGGCUACUGUUAGUGAUGAUUACCUAAACUUCGACUCUGAUGAAUCAGAGGAAUUUAGUGAUGCUGAGGAUGAUGAAGAUGCUGACGAAGAGGGCAAACAAGAUGCUGAUAAGGAAGCGCUGAAGAAAGAUCUGUCUGAUAUGGAUUAUCUUCGCUCCAAAAUUGUGGAGAGAUCAGACGUGGUGGAUGAGGAUGAAGAAGAAGGCGCAGACAGUGCUGAUGCUUCUGAUAAGAAUGAGGAGGAGCAGGAGGAGGAGCCCCCAGCCCAAAACACAGACAGUGCUUAUGAGAGUAGUGACAAGACAAGCAGCCAGAAAAGCACAAAACCAGCAGCUCAGAACACGUUUGAGCCGAGCACAGAUUUCGUGGUUAAGCUACGAGGUGCUCCAUUCAACGUCACAGAGCAACAAGUGAGAGAAUUUAUGGUGCCUUUGAAACCUGUUGCCAUCCGAUUUGGCAAAUACAAUGGAAGCAGAUCAGGUUACGUGUAUGUGGACCUGAGCACAGAAGAAGAGGUCGAGAGGGCCCUGCGCUUUAACAGAGACUACAUGGGGAAUCGCUAUAUUGAAGUGUUCAGAUUCAACAAAUUUAACAUGAAUGAAAAGUCUACGAAGAGAAGAGACAACGAAAGAAAUUUUGUUCCCGAGCUGAGGGAAGAUGAGGAAGAGGAAGACGUGGCAGAGUCGGGAAGACUUUAUGUCAGAAACCUACCCUACACAUGUACUGAAGAAGAACUGAAAGAAGUCUUCACCAGAUAUGGUCCUCUUUCUGAGGUGCUUUUCCCCAUAGACAAUCUGACUAAGAAGCCCAAGGGCUUUGCCUUUGUGACGUACAUGAUCCCAGAGAACGCAGUCUCAGCCUUGGCUCAACUGGAUGGCCACAUAUUCCAGGGGCGGCUUCUGCACAUCAUGGCUUCCAGACUGAGGAAGGAAAAGCCUAAUGAAGGGCCCGAUGCUCCAGGCAGCUCGUCGUAUAAGAGGCAGAAAGAUGCCAAAGACAAAGCCGCCAGUGGCAGCUCUCAUAACUGGAACACGCUGUUUUUGGGCACGAGUGCUGUUGCUGACGUCAUCGCUCAGAAAUACAACACAACCAAGAGCCAAGUGUUAGAUCAUGAGUCUAAAGGCAGUUUGGCUGUGAGGAUGGCCCUCGGAGAGACUCAGAUCGUACAAGAGACCAGACAGUUUCUCCUGGACAAUGGAGUGUCUCUGGACUCAUUCAGUCAGGCAUCAGGUCAGCGCAGUAACUCUGUGAUCCUGGUGAAGAACUUGCCCACAGGAGUGAAGGUCUCAGAGCUGGAGGCUCUGUUCUCGCCCCAUGGGUCUCUGGGAAGAGUUCUGCUGCCCCCAUCUGGCCUCACUGCAAUAGUGGAGUUCCUGGAGCCCACUGAAGCCAAAAGGGCCUUCAUGAAACUUGCAUACACCAAGUUCCAGCAUGUUCCGUUAUAUCUGGAGUGGGCUCCUGUAACGGUCUUUACAACUCCCAGAGCACCUAAACCAGAGCCCCAAACAAAAGAUGCAUCUGCUGAGAACAGUGACUUGGCUGAAAAGGAAGUAGAGGAGGAGGACGAGGAGGAUGAGGAGGAGGAGGAAGAGCAGGUUUUGCCCGGCUCGACUCUCUUUAUUAAAAACCUCAACUUUAACACAUCAGAGGAAACAUUGCGGGAGACGUUUUCUAAAUGUGGCGUGGUGAAAAGCUGCACGAUAUCAAAGAAGAGAGAUAAAGCAGGUAAAUUAUCAUCAAUGGGUUAUGGCUUUGUGCAGUACAAAACUCCAGAGGCGGCACAGAAAGCCAUGAGACAGCUGCAGCAUUGUAAAGUAGAUGAGCACCAGCUUGAGCUGAAAAUAACAGAAAGAGAAGUCAAGUCAGGUGUGGCACAAACCAAAAGGAAAAAGCAAACCACCAGGAAACAGACAACCUCGAAGAUCCUGGUGAGAAACAUCCCCUUCCAGGCCAAGGUCAAAGAACUGCGAGAACUCUUCUGCACGUUUGGAGAACUGAAGACAGUCCGCCUGCCAAAGAAAGGGAUCGGUGGAGGCCACCGUGGUUUUGGCUUCAUUGACUUCCUCACUAAACAGGAUGCCAAGAAAGCGUUCAAAGCGCUGUGUCACAGUACCCAUCUUUACGGCAGGAGGCUGGUGUUGGAGUGGGCGGAUGCAGAGGAGACUGUGGACGACCUGCGACGGAAAACCGCACAACACUUUCAUGAUGCUCCUAAGAAGCGGAAGAAGGCGGAGGUGUUAGAGGGAAUCAUGGAGCAGAUGGAGGUCGGGGAGGAAGACGGGGAGUGAAUAGCAGCCGUCAGUCACCUCCAGCGUCAAUAAGAGAAUAAAUCAUCCAGUGGAACUCCAUUUAUCUCUAUUAUGACUCCGUCUUAAACAGCUGCUUCACGGUCUCUUCAGGAAUUCUUCCUUUUGGCCCCAGAUGCUCCCAAUUAGCUUUUUAUUAUAUGCUCAUACAUCAUCUCUGUUAUUGCUGUCAAUGUAUUAAACACAGCGUCUCCCCGCAGACCGACUCUGGCUGAAGGUGAACUCGACGACGGAGUCCUUUUGAAAAGAUGCCCAAAGGCCACGUUUGCUUUAGCUGUUUUUAAUCGUCAAGCAGGGCAGAGACCUUUCAUACUCUGUUGUAACACGGGCUGACAUUGAAAAAUCACAGUAGCGAUUGACCAAAAUAUAGACUGGAAAUGUUUCCUUUAACAUCAUUUUAUGGCAGAAUGUUUAUUGUAGUCUGUUCCUAAACUAAUUUUUUUUUUUUUUCCCAGUGUCUUUCAAAUCGAACACUGGGCAAUGUUGUAUUCAAGAAAUGACACGCGUUUUCAUAUUUUUGGGAUCAUACUGUAUUUAUUUAUGUGACAAUAAAUAAUCGUGUCUGGAAA